AUGAAGAACUGCUUUACAUAUUCACUGCUUUUUGUCAUUUCCAUCAUGCAAGUUUCCCUACAGCAAAGGAUCAUCGGAGGCCAAGAGGUUGAGCCCUACUCCAUAAAAUACCAGGCGUCGCUACAGUACAACAACCAGCACUACUGUGGAGGAACUCUUAUUCACCCACAGUGGGUGGUGUCUGCUGCACACUGCUGGAAGCCAAACUAUGUGAUCAAAGUCGUCCUGAGUGAGCAUGAUCUCUUCACGAAAGAGGGAGCGGAGCAGGUGUUUAACGUCUCCAAAACCAUAGUCUACUACCUGUACAACUACAGGACAUUUGAUAACGACAUCAUGCUCCUCAAACUUGACAAACCAGCUGACCUGAAUAGUAACGUCCAGCCGGCUAAGUUGCCGAGCCCAGACACCCCACCAACCUACGGAGGCAUGUUCUGUGCAGUGAGCGGCUGGGGGGUCACCCAGGUCUACAGCUACUAUCUGUCCUCCGUGCUACGUGCUGUGGAUGUACAGAUCAUCCCCAACUGCCAGUACUACUAUUUCUACAGAAUAACAGACAACAUGGUGUGUGCCGGCUCUCCAAUGGGAGGAAAAGACUCGUGCCAGGGUGACUCCGGCGGCCCUCUUGUAUGUAACGGUUACUUCGAAGGCAUCGUCUCCUGGGGCAUUGGCUGUGCCAAUCCAUAUUUCCCUGGUGUCUACACCAAAGUUCGUAACUACAUCCGCUGGAUCAACUGGAUCAUUGACACCAACAUGGACUAGACUGUGGUUUUUUUUUUUUUUGUCUCUCAUUUUGCAGCUUUUAACAAGAAGAAGUGACGUAACAAGUGUUCAGUGAAUACAUAGAGCCUGUGAGAAGCCUGAGGACACGCAGCUAUCAGGCAUUAAUAAAUGGGGGUCUGGGGGUAGAGGAAAAUCAGACAUUAUAUGGCAAGUUAAGAAAUGCAAGAGGUCAGGUGGCAAAGUUAGUGUAUUUUUAGCAUAUGAGAAAGAAUGGGUGGAAAUAAAACAAGACAUUUAAAGUGUUAGCUCGCACAUAUUUCUUGAUUAUUAGAAGUAGCAUAAGCUUUCUUACAUUUUUACUGAACACUGCUUUACACACUGCUAAGCAAGUGAAAAUAUCUUCAACAUGAGUAAUCUAAUAUUUCUUAUUACGAGAUUACGUUUCCUUUAAGCUAAAUUUAUUGGUCACAUAUUUUUCAAGAAAUAAAAUGAGAAAAAAUAGCUUGAAAUGAGUAAAAACGCCUAGGAAUGGGUUUAAUACUCACGUACUGUGUUUGGUGUAAUCUUAUAAUAGGAAGUUGAUCAAUCUUUAUGAUAUUUUCACUUUCUAAGAUUUCGUAAACUGGCUUAUUCUGACCAUACCUAGAGACCAAGAGGUCUCUUUUGAUUUGUAGACAAAUUCUAAUAUACAAGUGCAUUUAAACAAGUAUAAUAUCCAAGUUUUCCCAUUUGAAAACCAGUUGUUUUACACAAAACAGUAUAUACACUCAGCCAUAACACUGAAACCACUGAGAUGUGAAGAGAAUAAUACUGAUCUUAUCACAAUGGUAACUGUCAAGGGGUGGGAUAUAUUCAGAAGCAAUGAACAGUCAGUGAUGGAAGCAGGGAAAAUGGGCAAGCGUAAGGAUCUGAGCGACUCUGACAAGGGCCAAAUUGUGAUGGUGAGAUAACAGGGUCAGAACAAGUGCAGUUCCUGUUAUGACAGUUAAUCUUGAUGGUAAGAAAAAAAGGUGAUCAGCUGGUUCUCUAGUUUGUUUCUGAUUUGAUUUGACCCUAAUAAAACACAUUAAUGACAAAAAUAUGAAAAUAAAGAAAGGAACCACUUUACGGUCAGAUUGUCAGGUUGAGGUGAGCCUGUUGUUUGUGUUGGCUUGUGACUGGAAGGACAGCCUUUUAAUGUUUGCUAAUGAAAUGUCAUUCUACCCUG